AUGAUUCGCGGCGAUGUAGAUGAUCCCGAUGAUGCCUCCGAGAGCAAGAGACCAUUUCUGGCCACGGAGGAAACACCAGAGGCGAUCGGCAACGAGCAGGACUCCUCACCAAAGCCGGCCCCAAACCUACCGUUCAGAAAAUGGAUGGACAGCUUUCGCACGCGCAAACGGAUACCCCCAACGAUCCCGGAAAGAUUCGUGGCAGGCUGGCCGGACUCACCCCCAUCGGAUAUAUCCACGCAGAACCAGUUCCCGUUUCCUGCCCUGUCGCUGGAGCAGCAUUGGGAAAGAUCGUCGAAUCAUUCCUCGCACCUAGGGGACUGUCAAAACUACAACUUUGAGCAUCGCGAGUCCGAGUGUGGCGAGAUCUCGAGCCAAUACCCAGACCAGAGUGGCACAUCGCCCGUUAGAGCUUCAGCAGACAGCUCUCGACCAACACCAAGUACAUAUGUGGAUGAAGCCGCAGAGCAACGCGCGACAAAAAGACGCCAACUUCUACGAGAGGUUCUUUCAACGGAAUCUGACUAUGUUCAGGGCCUGACUGCCCUCACCGGGGUACUCCCAAUGCUCAACAUCAGACCUCAGAUAUAUCAUAAUAUCCAGAAGAUCCGCGAGAUCCAUGAAAACUUCUUGGCUCAACUUCAAACGAUCUCACCCAUGUCGGCUGGCCCGAUCCCAGAAGGCCCCCUGGAUUUCCUUCCUCGGAGUAGUAUUUCCAAGCGACUGAGCGUGCCUGGACUUAGAGGUCUUCAAAACAGAUCGCUCAGGACUCGGAAGUUCAAAGCGGCAUUUGAUCAGCAUCUCAAAGCUCUUGUUGCAGAACCGAUGGAAUGCCUUGAAGUAGUACGCGAGAUUGACAAGCUGUCGGUGUCCUUUUCCGUCUACGAGGAAUUUUGCAGUAACUAUGAACUUCUCACGCAGGACGUGGCCCUCCUACGCCGCUCAGUCCCCAACUGGAUAGUCUUUGAGCAGGGAAUUGAAGCCUUGUCAAAGUCCGUUGUCUCGACCGAGAGCCGCAAGAAUGACUACAACCGCUCUAUGUUGAUGAAUGACUUGAUGAUCAAGCCGAUCCAACGCCUUUGCAAAUACCCUCUUCUCCUUCAAGACCUCCUUCGAAGUACCCCUGUUGGUGACUGCCCAACCUCUCACGAUGAGAUACGUCAAGUUUUGGAAAGCCUUCGUAUAAUGGUAACACGAAUUAACUCGGCAACCGGCAACCCGAUCAACAAAGAUCGCAUUCAUAAAACUAUACUGCUGCAAGGGAAGAUUGACUUUUCCGACACGCAGUUCCUUCAAGAUGUAUAUAAAGAGCUUGGCCCAAUGACUUUAUGUGGUGUUCUGCAUGUCACCUAUCAGACGCCGGAGCAGACAAUUGGCGAUUUCAUGGUCUGCAUACUGUUCAAAUGCUAUUUUCUCCUGGCAAAAGGACCCGAUGAUUCCAGGCGCUUGGAAAUAGUUGCCUGCAUCUACCUGGAAGACCUGAAAAUGGAUUACAUCCAGAACGGUCGAGGUCUGUUCUGCUACGGGUGUCCCUUCUCAUGGAAGUUGAUUUUCCAAGAACAAGAAGAGAGCUACGAGUUCGUCCUGAGUGCAUCAUCUGCUGCGGAGGAGAAACAUUGGAAGACCGAGAUUCUGAGAUCUUCUGCGUCACUGAGCGAGAUGGCCAGACCGAGCGGAGCAUGGGAUCCGCGCAGGUAUUCCUUCCUCAACUUUGUUCUGGUUCCCCUGGAUCGAGUUCAGUUUUCGGUGUCUUCUCUCGCCCGGAGAUCGUCGAUGGACUCUAUGUCGAUAUCGCGCAAGUUCAACAUCCAACAGGUCGUUAUUAAGAAGACACACUACCCCCACAAUCACGAUGAAUCCACCAAUCCACCAGGGAGUGAGAUCGAAAGGCCGAAGACGCCAAUACGCGGCAUAUUGACUAUAGCUGCUCGACGGAUUGACAGAAUCCGGUUGGAGAAGACGAUCGCGAAUGUGUACACUCGUGAUGUGCUACCCUUUCCAGGUAUGGCGCUGGGCCGAGGAGACUUGUUUCGUCGAGGAUCGCUCAUGCGGCGCCUCAGUUUCCACGGAGGCUUUAAUCGAAGGUCUACUUCUGGAAGUGCAUCUCACACCGGGCCGCUUGUGAUAGAUGGGAAUUCCGUCGCGGAGUAUAAGUGCGAGGAAAAGGAACUGAUGGGAGGUCAAGAUGGAUGUGACGACCCUCCAUGUUCGCCGGAGACGGAGCACGCGUCACCCAAGAGCCCCCGAACACCCACGUCAAUGAGUGGUCGCUCCAAGACCCUCCGGAUUCGAGGUUCAAAGAAGAAUAUGGGGUCGGUGGCCACAUCACCACGCAGCGAGAAGCGUUCGAGUCAGGGUAGUGCUGAGUUGUCACCAACGCGGAAGAAAUGGACGUCACCUUUGAGCCUGUUUGGUGCUCUCUCACCGAAGGGAUUGGUACGACCGCGACCCACGAUGGGCCCGCCUGGGACAGGGGAGUAG